AUGCUCCGGCGUUUCCUCAAGCUGGGGAAGUCUUCUCCGAGCCCUCUCCUCACAACUGAGGAGAUCGAAAUGCGACCAGUGCCUCCUGCCAUGCCGAGCACUGCUGGCCAAAUCCCGCAUCACAACCGCCCAAACUGGUUCAAACGAAUGAGAAAUUCCAUCUCACACCUCGUCCUGCGCAUGGACAAUAGACCCAAGGAAAUUGAGGAUGCUUACUUCUCAACCGAAAUCCGCGCGGCCUUCAUUCUGGCAGAGGGGGGGUUUAAUUGCCCCUGUGAAAAAGGCCACUUCGACCUGCAAGGGAACUGCGCCAAUGGUGCCGAAUGGACUCAAUGUUACAACGUUCUCAAACUCGACCUCAUUACUGGCACCACUGCCAUAGCCGGUUUCUCCAGCAUCCUCUUCGGUGUUUUCACAAAUCUGCCGGUCGCCCUCGGUCCUGGCAUGGGCCUCAAUGCCUACUUUACCUACCAGGUCAUAGGUGUCAAGGGCACGGGACCAAUCCACUAUCGGGUGGCUCUCACUGCUGUCUUCAUCGAGGGCUGGAUCUUUAUGUUCCUGGCUCUGACAGGCUUGCGGCACUGGCUGGUCAAGAUCAUCCCAGGCACAAUCAAGAUUGCAAGCGGUGUAGGAAUCGGAUUGUUCUUGACCCUCAUCGGCAUGUCGUACACCUCUGGCCUCGGCAUGGUCACGGGUGGCAUUGGUACACCACUCACCAUAGGCGGCUGCCCAGCCGAGGAUCUCAACGAAGUUGGAGAGUGUGAAUCGGGAAUUAUGUCAAGCCCAAAGAUGUGGGUGGGCAUUAUCUGUGGUGGUUUGCUUACCUCCUUCUUGAUGGCAUUUCGCGUCAAAGGAGCCAUUAUCAUUGGCAUCGCCUUUGUUUCCAUUCUCUCAUGGCCACGCAACACACCCUUGACUCACUUUCCCAAUACCCCUGACGGCGACGAGCGGUUCAGUUACUUUUCCAAGGUUGUCAGCUUCCACCCAAUUCAACGCACGUUGCUCCAGCAGCAAUGGGACCUGACAGGUGAGGCGGGGACACAUGUUGCGAUUGCCCUGUUUACAUUUCUUUAUGUGGACAUCAUCGACUGCACUGCGACAGUUUACUCGAUGGCUCGGUUCUGCAGCAGAGCCCGGAAAGACAAGGCCGACUUCCCCCGGUCGACAAUGGCAUUUUGUGUCGAUGCCUUCUGCAUUUCUAUGGGCUCGCUGCUUGGAUUGUCUCCAGUAACUGCUUUCAUUGAGAGUAGCGCUGGCAUCUCGGAGGGAGGCCGGACUGGCCUAACAUCUGUUUCUACUGGCAUUUGUUUCUUCAUCUCUCUGUUUUUUGCCCCAAUAUUUGCCUCCAUCCCGCCCUGGGCGAGUGGGAGCACACUGAUUUUGGUUGGUUGCAUGAUGAUCCGCCAGGUCACCAAAAUCAACUGGGCAUAUGUCGGCGACGCCAUACCAUCCUUCAUCACCCUGGCCUUCAUCCCGUUCAGCUUCAGCGUUGCCUACGGGCUGAUCGCUGGGAUUUUUGCGUACGUUAUCAUCAAUGGUGCCAUCCACAUUGUCGUCAAGGUCUCCGGGGAUACCAUCACCCCACAGAACUACGACUUGAAGGAGUAUUGGUCUUGGCGGCCUCCUGGAGACAAACCGUGGAUGGCCAGAGCCAUUGUUCGAUGCAUCGACUGGGCUAGGUACAAAAAGGAUCGAGACGCCUCCCUCUCCCUCAAUUCGCGGGAUGAUGCCAUGAGCACCGAGCAGUAUAGGUCCGACACGUCAAAGUCUGACCACAUACAAAGGAUCUCAACACCUGAGCCGAUGCGUCGGAUGUUUUGA